AAUUUUUUUUUGAUUUCUGCUUUUCUCUUUUAUCAUUAAAUAGUGUUUUCUUAUAUAUAUUUUUUACACAGUCUCUCUUUUAUUCUAUUUUGUCCUUCCGAUUCUCUCGCGAUUUAUAUUUUUCUUAUUUGUUAAGGUGCGUACUGAUUUGAAUAUUUUUGCGCGCACGAACGAUUUGCGCGCACGAAUGCUCUAAUGUGGACGUAACGUUUUUGUUUCAACGCUCUGAGCCAUAGACAUAGUAAGUAUAGACUGCGCUAUCUUUCCUUUGUUUAGGCAGCGUGAAAUUUAGAAAGAGAAAGCCUCUAUUUUCAGACUCUUUCUCUUUGUCUAAAUGAUGCGUGGGUGAGGGAAAGAAGCCUUCGCUGAUUCGUAGUAUCACGCGAUGUCGCAGCCAUAUUAAAUUUCUGCUCCACUCUAAAUAUUGAUAGACAGAGACACAUAGCCUGUGAAAGCAUGUUGUCUUCUUUUAAAGUUUGUACAUUGAUAUAGUCAAACGCGCAGUCUAUACUUACUAUGUCUAUGCUCUGAGCACGCACGAAUGCAAUCCAUCGUUGUCGGUUUAUCAAAAAAUUUAUGUGCGGAACGAUGCUCAAUUUGGACGUGUAUGCAGAACUGAAUCUUUGUGCGCGCAAAAAAAGUUAUGGAGUGGACAAAAUAAAAUGGCUCUUCAAUUAAUAGACGAAGAAUGCUCAUUAUUCAAUAUAACGUAAUGUAGAAUGUUUAAAAUGAUGAGAAUAUUAAUAUAAGUCGACAAGGAAGAAGAUUUUAAAGAAGCAGAUCAACAAGGAUGUUCAGUUCAUUAAGGCUAACAACUAUGCGCUCGCACAAGAACCGUGCUAGACCGGGAAGCAUCGCUACGUCUGCGAACUCCGACUCUCCCAGAAUGGAAGAUACACAUGCGCAAAUACAAUAUCAUCCUCACAGCUUUUUGCUAUCGAACGAUCAGGAAGCAACAAAUGUCGGUUUGUCAUCGCCGUUCAGUGUUUCUUCAAAAGUCGCGCAAGUGAGGGUAGAGCGAGAAAGUGGCAGUCUCGGCGUAACUCUUCGCGGUGGAGUGUCGAAAGCUUUGAUGGUGACGGGAGUAAAAACGGACGGACCGGCUGCCAAAGAAGGAAGAGUUAGGCCCGGUGAUCGAUUGCUGGCGGUAGAUGACACCGAGUUACGGGGACUUACUUUGGCGGAAGCACAGCGAGCACUUAAGAAGAGUUCGGAUGCACCUGUUACGUCUCUCACAAUUGAAUAUGAUGUUGCAAACAUGGAAGAUGUGCGAGCGGCCACUUCCGGCCCAUUGCUUAUUCAAUUGGAACGCGGCUUUUCAGGAGAACUGGGUUUAACCGUGAGAGAGACAUCAAACGGAAUCUACAUAGAAAGUCUCCGUCCGGCGAGCACAGCAGAUCGCUGUGGCGCUCUUCAAGUGGGAGAUCAGCUAUUGGCCGUAGAUGACACGCCUGUUCAAGAUGCGACAACUGCCGCAAAGUUGCUUAGAAAUAAUUCUCAGAGCUGUCGUAUUGCUAGACUACAAAUAUUACCACGACCGCCAAGAACAGUCAAAAGGAGAGCACAGCCGCAAGUCCAGCCGAAUUCGAACCAGACUCUACAAAUGAAGGAAAACUUGACAAUCAUUCUCCGACCAGAUCAUCGGGGCUUCGGACUCGCGCUUAAAUUAAUUGAAGAUCGUAUGAAUUAUGUCGUGAGCUUUUUGGAAGCUGGUGGACCGGCGGAACGAAGCGGCGUCCUUUUGCCUGGUGAUAAGGCUAUCGCAAUCAAUCGAAGAAUGUUACGCGAUCUGCAACCGACUGAAGUAGCUAAUAUACUUGAGACAUCGCAAUUGAUCGAGUUAGUGAUAGAAUACAGAGUAGGUGGACCAGUAGUUCCGAAUUCCGGAGUUUUCACAGUGAGAGUAACGAGGCCAUUAGGUGGCCAACCCGAUCUGGGUCUCACGGUUAAUGAGGACUUAGUAAUCACGGAAGUUCGUCGAGGAUCGCUUGCUUAUCGAACAGGCAGUUUAGCAUCCGGCGACAGGCUGCUCGCGAUAGAUGGGGAACAAUUAGAUUCUGGAGAUUUAAGACAAGCCGCUCAAUUAUUGCAUCGACCCGGCAGUUCAGUAGUUGCUUUAACUGUCAGAAAGCCAGAUCCUAAUCCAGAAACAAGAGAUUGUUCCAGGAAGCUUAGUAUAGGAAGUGACACAGUCCAGCCACAAUUUUCAACUGGUGUGUUACAUUCAGCUAGAGAGAGUCUUCCUAGUGUGGACAGCGCAGUGGAUUCUUGGGGCGAAUUAGGAGAGAAUGGUAGUACUAUGCCAGAAAUAUUGAGAAUUUGGGAUACUGUUUCUGUGGACAGUGGACAGUUAGACUUAUCAAUACCAUCUUAUCCAGGAGUACAAGAAUGCGGUGAUUCCGACCAUAAAGCCCAGCAGAUAGUACAUGUAUCGUUGCACAAGGAUCCUGUCUAUGAAGACUUUGGCUUUUCAGUGUCGGACGGUCUUUAUGAACGGGGGGUUUAUAUAAAUCGUUUACGGCCCGGCGGACCUUGCGAUGGUAUUCUGCGACCAUAUGACAGAAUUCUUCGAGUGAACGAAACCAGCACGGAAGACUGCGAUUGCUGUUUGACGGUUCCUCUUAUUGCAGCAGCCGGACCACGUCUAGAUUUAACUAUAGCAAGACUCUUAUCCCCACAAAAUAUUAUUAAAACUUUGUAACUCGAUAUAAUAUAAUCAUCUAUAAUCAACUGCUAGUAUAUCAUCGCGAUUCAAUAUAAUCUUAUUACAGAAUAUCUUGGUUACUUUAAAGAAUAUUUUAUCUUUAUAUUAAAUAUUUUAAAAAGUACUGAAUUAUUGAUAGUUAUUUGGGCAUGACUGCAAUUUCAUAUCUGAGCAUUGCUUCGAACAAUAUAUAAUACUUUCAAUAUAUUUUUGUAUACAUGUAUAUUAUUUAUAAAAAUAGAUGUAUAGAUUGUGAUUUUCCAGUUCAAAUAUCUUUUCCUAUAUAAAAUUCACACGCACGCACGCAUAUGCCCAAUGUACAAUUUGUGAAUAUGUGCCUAUAUAUUAGCACUUAAAAAAAAAGAAAUUAAAUAAGAUUAAAACAACACAAUAUAAUCUGUAUAAUAUUCAAAUCACAAGUACAUAAACUAUACUAUUGUAAUUGUUUAAUUAUUUAAAUAAUUUAACACAAUUUUCACAAUGUAGUUUCUCUAUAUUAAUAAAUAGUGCACCAAAUAUGUGAGAAUACAAGAUGUUAAAACAUAUUUGCAUAUUUUUCAUAUUCUAUGAGCGAUUUGCAGGAAUGUAAUCAGUUUUAUGGUUAAUGCUAAUUGAACCAGCAAUUAGCUAAUCAUAUUUUUAAACAAUGCAAUCAUACCUUACCAGCAGGUUCAGCUUUAAAAUUGAGAAAUCAAAUCGAAUUUAUCACAACGAACAUAGAAUCAAUAUAUAGAAUAUGUUUUAUUAACUAAGAAAUAUUGAUUAUCGCAGAAAAAUAUAAAUCACAUUUUCCUUCAAUAUUUAUGCAAAUUAAAAAUACACACAUUGUAAUUGGUCAUGAGUUUCUUCUAUGUAUCUGGCAAAUUAUACACAUGUAUAACAAAUCAUGUUAUAUUUUGUUGCGCAAAUGAAACUGAUCCACAGACAAAUGAAAAUUAAGUCUCACUGAUAUAAAAAAACUUACUUGAAUUUGUCAAAAUAAAACUAUUAAUUGAGACUAGAUUGCAAA